GCAGGCGUCGGGGCCAAAAUAAAAUAGGUUUAGAGUUUUAAGUUAUUACUGCCAUUUAUGCUGUGAUUACCGUCUGCUAAUUCUUUGUUUCACGAUACUACGUAAUGACUAAACCUUUUUUUUCACAACUCCCAUCACCCAAGAGUUCGCUCACAUGUUCGUAUACUACUACCGCCAUGGAAUGUUAUUUUCUUCACCAAUAUUCAAGCAAGGCAGAUUCCAGCCUUGCUUGUGCUACAAAACAAGCACGAAAUGCGGUGGCUGGAUCUGAGACACAGUGCCGAGGUGUACAACCUAGCGAAUGCCUGGGGACAGGACACGAGCAACAAUACAGCGCUGAAACGUGGCUGGUGGCUGUGAAGCGCAAGAGUGGACAAUAGGAGAGCGGGACAGAGCAUCAAUGAUCAUCGCCAUCAGGUGGCCCUAGUGACAAAAGACCCCGAGCGUUGGGCGCAAUAGCCAGUAGGAGGGCCGAAAAAGUGAGGCUCCAUAGGGCCCUCCCUCCCUUUGACUUGUU